AUGGCGGUGCCUCUGAAAGCGAGCGGCAAUGGCGCUGCCGACAGGGGUGCUGGAAACUCUGCCUCUGGGACGGUGAAGGCGCCGUCGCCGGGGAGGCUGCAGGGAUUCGACUCCCUGCAUAUGGAGGCUGAAAGGAUUCCGGGUGGCCAAAGCCACGCCGCCAAGGUUGGCUGGGCGACGACACUGCACUUGGCCUUCCAGAGCCUAGGUGUUGUCUACGGGGACAUGGGAACUUCACCGCUCUAUGUGUUUUCUAGCACCUUUACUGGUGGGAUCAAAGAUACAAACGACCUCCUUGGUGUCACGUCCCUGAUUAUUUACACUCUGGCUCUCCUUCCGUUGAUGAAAUAUUGUUUCAUUGUCUUGAGAGCUAAUGACAAUGGUGAUGUGCUUAGUGCAGUCGGUGGAAUCAAGCAAUCAGCAAACUCCUUAACUCAAGGACAGAUUGCUGGCAUUGCGAUCGGCACUCUGAUUGCGCUCUUUCUUGUUCAACGGUUAGGCACAGACAAAGUUGGUUACACAUUUGGACCAGUAAUCUUGACAUGGUUCAUCUUAAUUGCUGGUAUUGGAAUUUAUAAUGUGAUCAAGCAUGACACUGGAAUUCUAAAAGCAUUCAACCCAAAAUACAUCAUAGACUAUUUCCAAAGAAACGGGAAGGAGGGCUGGAUUUCACUUGGAGGUGUUGUUUUAUGCAUCACAGGAACCGAAGCAAUGUUUGCUGAUCUUGGUCACUUCAAUGUGAGAGCAAUUCAGAUAUCACACUACAGAUUGGCUUCUCCGUAG